AUGAAGUUCUUCGUAUUUGGACUGGCUCUCCUCGUCGCCGGAGCUUCGGCUUUCCCUGAGCAAGUUAGGGUUGCUGAUUUCCAGGCUUCCGAGCGCAACAGUUUCAUUGAUAACUUCAGGAGGAUUAUCGAGGUUAUUCGCUCCUUCAUCGUCGACAACAAAUUCGAUCCAUGGGUCAUCGCCAGGCACGAACGCGAAGUGGUUCAACUACCACACCUGAACGUCCAAUACUUCAUUGAAAAGAUGGAGCUGACUGGCGUCAGCAACAUCCGCAUCAACAAGAUGGAAUACUCCACCCUAUUCAGCAGGUUCGAUUACGACCUGGAGCUUCCCGAAAUCUCGUUGAGCGUUGGUAGCUUUGGUAUCACCGGUUUGAUUUUUACCAGAAAUGUCAACACUGCCCUGUCUGGAUCACUGAAGGUCUCCGGAAUUCGCAUCGCAGGUGAAGCUCACGUCACCGUUGACUUGUCUGGAAUCACCAUCAACACCCUCGAAGCCAGAUUCACCCUUGGUGGAACAGAGGCUAAUCUCCAAAUCGCCGUCCAAGAAAACGACGUGAGCGAACGCGUCAACGUUUUCAUCAAUGAAAGGAUUCCAAACUGGAUUAAGAACAACGAGCGGGACAUCAACAGGGUUCUCGGAAACGUCAUCAAAGCUAUUGCUCAGCGUAUCUUGAGCAGACCACGAACAGUUGAUUUGUGGUAA